GAUUUACGGAUCAACGUUAAAAAUUAGAAAUGCAGGACAGCUGGUGAGAAAUUAUAUCAAUUUGAUGAAAUGUUAUCAAAGAUGGAGAAAUUUGGAAAUUUUAUGCCUAAAAGUUGAUGAGAAAACAUGAUUUUGAUCUGGCAACACUGGUGUAAGGCGUAAUGUGAAUUUUACCGGUUUUCGAACCUCUCGUUAAAAUACAUACGUAUCCUACGGGAUAUAUCCUUGUGUGAUUUUAAAAAUGGUACGGGAUGACGAACCUAUGGAGACUGAGAUUUUGCCGUCUACAAGCAGCAACGAUGCGAAAAUAAAAGAGAAAGAUAGCAAAUUACCUAGUUUACCAUGGAUUGAGAAGUAUCGGCCUCAAGUAUUUGCAGAUAUUGUUGGUAACGAGGAUACUGUAUCUAGAUUAGCUGUGUUUGCUCAACAUGGAAAUACCCCAAAUAUUAUUAUUGCUGGCCCACCAGGAGUUGGCAAAACCACCACGAUUUUAUGUCUGGCACGUAUUCUAUUGGGACCAGCAUUUAAAGAAGCUGUGCUUGAACUGAAUGCGUCCAAUGAGAGAGGAAUUGAUGUGGUCAGAAAUAAAAUCAAAAUAUUUGCCCAAAAGAAGGUUAAUCUCCCGAAAGGAAAGCAUAAGAUCAUCAUUUUAGAUGAAGCCGAUAGCAUGACUGACGGUGCGCAGCAAGCAUUGCGCCGUACAAUGGAGAUUUACAGUCAUACCACCAGAUUCGCUCUGGCAUGCAACAAUACAGAGGAGAUCAUAGAACCUAUACAAUCGCGCUGUACCAUGCUGAGAUAUGGAAAGUUAACAGAUGCCCAAGUUCUGGCAAAAGUUCUCGAAGUGUGUCAGAAGGAAAAUGUUUCCUAUACAGACGACGGUAUGGAAGCGAUAGUAUUCACUGCCCAAGGGGACAUGAGGCAAGCUUUGAACAAUUUGCAGUCGACAUAUAAUGGAUUCAAUCAUGUAAACGGUGAGAACGUAUUCAAAGUCUGCGAUGAACCUCACCCUUUAAUCGUUAAAGAGAUGCUGGAUGACUGUAUAAAGGGAGACGUUUCUAAAGCAUGCACGGUGAUGGACCAUUUCUGGAAAAUGGGAUACUCCGCCGAGGAUAUAAUCAGUAACGUAUUCAAGGUUUGUAAAAAUCAUGCGAUGGAUGAGAAACUCAAGUUGGAAUUCGUCAGAGAAAUUGGUUUAACGCACAUGGGUGUGGUGGAAGGUAUUAACAGUCUGUUGCAGUUGCACGCUUUAAUAGCAAGACUUUGCCGAGCAUGUAUGUCGAGAUAAUCUCACGUGAUAAAAAACGAUUGUAUUCUAUAUUACAUUGUAAUUAUAUAUUUUUACUGAAA